AGACGAAGCAGAAGAAGAGGAUAAAGAAGACGCUGCAGCAGCUGAUGUGUUUGUAUUGAAGCGAAUCGUCCACCUCUAACAAUGCAGUCAGCAGAAGAGGGAGACGUCGCCCCUGUGGAUCUACAACAUGAGGAGUUUCAGAGAAUAAUAAUUAAAAAAGAAGAAGAUGAAGAUGACGAUUACUACUAUGAAGGAUCCAUCAUCCCUGUGGAACUCGUCACCUCUGAGGAAGACCUCUCACCAGUGGACCAGCAGCGUGGAGGUUUCCAGAUGAAGCCUGUGAAGAAGGAAGAACCUGAAGAUGAAGAAACCAUAAGCGAUCAUUUCUCCUGGUCCUUUGAUCCACUUUCCCAUACGAACCAACAUGAGAGCUACUACACUGACGAAUAUGAUGAUGCGCUGGUGAAAUCUGAGACCGAACGUGAGGAUCUGACGCCCACCAGAAGCUCCGGUGAUCAGCAAACGUCCUCCGUUACCGUCAGCGUUAGCUCCUCUCUCAGUCCCGCCGGAGACAAACCGUAUCAGUGCUCACAGUGUGGGAAGAGCUUCAACACACACAGUCAUCUCAAAACUCACCAGCGCAUUCACACCGGAGAGAAGCCCUACCAGUGCUCACAGUGUGGGAAGCGGUACAAUCAGCACAGUCAUCUCAAACUACACCAGCGCAUUCACACCGGCGAGAGACCCUAUCAGUGCUCGCAGUGCGGGAAGAGUUUUAAUCGACCGGGGGAUCUGAAAAUCCACCGGCGCAUUCACACCGGAGAGAAGCCGUUUCAGUGCUCGCAGUGCGGGAAGAGCUUCAAUCAGCGGUCUCAUCUCAACAAGCACCAGCGCAUUCACACCGGAGAGAAACCGUACCGUUGCCCGCAGUGUGGCAAGAGCUUUAACGAUCAAGGUGUCCUCAAAAUACACCAGCGCAUUCACACCGGAGAGAAACCCUACGUCUGCACGCAGCCACAGUGCGGAAAGAGUUUUACCGACAAGAGCACUUUCAACAGGCACCAGCGCAUUCACACCGGAGAGAAACCGUACCAGUGCCUGCAGUGUGGGAAGUGCUUCAAUGAGGAGAGUCAUCUCGAAAUCCACCAGCGCAUUCACGUUGGAGAGAAACCCUAUCGGUGCACGGAGUGCGGCAAGUGUUUCAGUAAGCAAAGCGCUCUCAAAAAGCACCGGCUCAUUCACACCGGAGAGAAGCCCUACCAGUGCUCACAGUGCGGGAAGAGCUUCAACAUACUGAGCUAUCUCAAAACCCACCAGCGCGUUCACUUCGAAGAGAAACUGUACCGGUGCUCGCAGUGCGAGAGGAGUUUUCAUCAGCUAGGGGAUCUGAAAACACACCAGCGCAUUCACACCGGAGAGAGACCCUAUCAGUGCUCGAAGUGCGGGAAGAGCUUCUAUCAGAAAGGGGAUCUCAAAAUACACCAGCGCAUUCACACCGGGGAGAAACCGUAUCAGUGCUCGCAGUGCGGGAAGAGCUUUAAUAAAAAGGGUCAUCUUAAACGACACCAGCGCAUUCACACCGGAGAGAAACCCUACUGCGUUUGCUCACAGUGCGGGAAGAGUUUUAAUCGACAGAGCAUUCUCAAGAAACACCAGCGCAUUCACACCGGAGAGAGGCCGUAUCAGUGCUCGCAGUGCGGGAAGAGCUUCAAUCAACAGAGUCAUCUCAAAAUCCAUAUACGCACUCACACGGGUGAGAAACCGUACCAGUGUUCCGAGUGUGGGAAGAGUUUUAAUAGACACACCGAUCUCAAAAUCCACCAGCGCAUUCACACGGGAGAGAAACCGUAUCCGUGCUCGUGGUGUGGGAAGAGCUUUACCAAUCAGAGUACUUUGAAUAGACACCGGCGCAUUCACACCGGAGAGAAACCACAUCACUGCUUACAGUGCGGGAAGAGUUUCAAUCAACAAGGCGAUCUUAAAAUCCACCAGCGCAUUCACACCGGGGAGAAACCGUAUCAGUGCCUGUUGUGCGGGAAGAGAUUCAAUCAGAAGACUCAUCUUAAAAAACACCAGCGCAUUCACACCGGAGAAAAACCCUACUGCUGCUCAGAGUGUGGGAAGAGUUUCAACGAACAAGGUGUCCUCAAAAUCCACCAGCGCGUUCACACCGGCGAGAAACCGUUCGAGUGCACACUGUGUGAGAAGAGUUUUACCGACCAGAGCACUUUAAAUAGACACCAUCGCAUUCACACUGGGGAGAAACCGUACCAGUGCUCACAUUGUGGGAAGUGUUUUAAUAAACAGAGUCACCUCAAGAUCCACCAGCGCCUUCACACCGGAGAGAGGCCGUACCAGUGCUCACACUGUGGGAAGAGCUUCAAUGAACAGAGCGCCCUCAAAAAGCACCAGCACAUUCACACCGGAGAAAAACCCCAUCAGUGCUCGCUGUGCGGAAAGGGCUUUAAUCAACAGAGUCAUCUUAAAAUUCACCAGCGCACUCACACCGGAGAGAAACCCUAUCAGUGCUCAGAGUGCGGGAAGAGCUUUUAUCAGCAAGGGGAUCUCAAAAUCCACCAGCGCAUUCACACCGGAGAGAAACCGUACCAGUGCUCACAGUGCGGGAAGAGCUUUAACCAACAAAGUGAUCUCAGAAAACACCAGCGCAUUCACACCGGAGAGAAACCCUAUCAGUGUUCGCAGUGCGGGAAGAGCUUUGCUUAUUUAUCAACACGUAAGAGACACAAGUGUGACGCCGAAGCAUCUAAUAGUGCCGAACAAACCAGCGGGUUAACUUUUUUUAUGCCGCGUCCACAAAGCGAUCACCAGCUGUUCUUAUUAUUGAAUCAGCAGUUGUAAUAUUUAGCAUUUGCUAAAAUUAUGUAGCCACUUUCUUUAUUUACAUUUCCCUUAAUGUACUCUAGUGUAGUAGAGUAAGUUUCAGCGAGUGAGCAACUCAGUGUGAGUGAGUUAGGGAAGGAUAAUAUGCAGUAACACUGUUAAACAUACCGAUAUUGAUGCUUAAUCGAUAAAUAAAUAUUAAAAUAGGGUAUUUUAGUGCUACAACACACUACAGAUGUAUUAUUAAGCUAUUAUUAUAAUGCACAUGUCUUUGCGGUGUAAGACUGUAUGUAAACUAUAUGGCCAAAAUUACUUGGACACCUGACCAUAAGUUCGUUGGACAUGCCACCUCAGCCAGAGAAACAGCUGCUCUUCUGAGAAGGCUUCUUACAAGACAACGUAGUAGCUCUCUGGGAAUCUGUGCCCAUUCAGUUCAAACGAACACUUGUGUGGCUGCAGAGAUGUUCACAAGUCACAAAAUACGAGUCCGAGUCGAGUCAAUAUAAUCUACACAAAACAUAUAUUGGAAAUGUAGCGUAGAAAUAAAGAAAUAAUCUGUAAGUUCAGAUAAAAACAACAACAGAUUAGCGAGUGUAUUUAGCCGUUUUACUUCGUGCCUUUAC